AUGAUGCUCCGGUCCGCCCUCUUCGCCGCUGUCGGCGCUCUCACCUGCGGCAUCGCUUCUGCCCUCGAGACCUUUGAGCGGAAUCUUAUCUUCCAGCCGCCCGAGAACUACACGGACCCUCGGGUCCUGUAUCCCCGCACCGUCCAACUGUUGGACGGUCGCCUGCUGGGCACUUGGGAGAACUACUCCCCCGAGCCUCCUCUGGUUCGGUUCCCCAUCUACGAGUCUCUCGAUGGUGGCGUCACAUGGGAAGAGGUUGGCCAAGUUCACGAUGAGGUCAACAACUGGGGUCUGCGCUACCAACCCUUCCUGUAUGAGCUCCGCGAGGAGUUCGGCGGGUACCCCGUCGGAACUGUUCUCCUGGCUGGCAACAGUAUUCCCACGGAUCUCAGCCAGACGCAAAUCGACCUCUACGCGUCUACGGACAAGGGCCGCACCUGGGAGUUCUUGUCCCACGUCGCUGCUGGCGGCCGGGCCAUCCCCAACAACGAGGAGACCCCCGUCUGGGAGCCCUUUAUUCUCAUCUUCGAGGAUGACCUGAUUCUCUACUACGCCGAUCAGCGCUCCGCCGAGCACGGCCAGGAGAUCUCCCACCAGACCACCAAGGACCUCAAGAACUGGUCCGAGGUCGUCAAGGACGUCUCUUACCCGACCUACACCGACCGCCCCGGCAUGCCCUUCGUCACCCAGCUCGGCAACGGCGACUACAUGUACACGUUCGAAUGGGGUGGCGCGCCCAUCAUCGAACCCUACUCGUUCCCCAUCUACUACCGCAUCGCAAAGGACCCUCGCAAGUUCGCCGACGCGCCCGACUACUACAUCAUCAGCACCAACGGCGGCGUCUUCCCCAUCAACAGCCCCAACGUUGUCUGGUCCCCCGUCGGUGGUUGCAACGGCACCAUCGUCGUUAGCAGCAACAGCGCGCCUCUCUUCAUCAACCGUCGCGGUGGUGACCCGAACGCCUGGGUUGCGUACGACUCUCCGGAAGCCGGUGCCUACACCCGCAAUCUACGCAUCAUGGAGGAGGACCCCGACUAUCUGCUCAUUAUGGGUGCUGGUGUUCUGCCUCCCAGCACGACGAACAAGGUCACCGUUAGCAUGUUGAAGUUGACUGAGUUGUUAGGACUCAAGCAGGCAUAA